AUGCCGCUCCGAUUGGACGUUCGCAAGAAGCUGUCAUCGCGCUCCGAUCGAGUGAAAGCCAUUGACUUGCAUCCAACUGAACCAUGGAUCUGUGCCUCUCUUUAUAACGGAAAUGUUCACGUUUGGAAUAUAGAAUCUCAGCAGCUUAUCAAAACUUUCGAAGUGUGUCCUGCUCCAGUUCGUGCUGUGCGUUUUAUUGCUAGAAUGAAUUGGAUUGUUACUGGUUCAGAUAACCAAUAUCUCACUGUAUAUAAUUACAACACACUUGAGCGUGUGCAUCAGCAGGUUGAGGCACACAGUGAUUAUAUUCGGUCCAUUGUUGUUCAUCCUACUCAACCAUUCGUCCUAACGUGCUCCGAUGACACCACUAUUCGGCUUUGGAACUGGGAGAAAAACUGGAAAUGUGCACAGGUCUUUGGCGGUCAUUCACAUUAUGUGAUGCAAUUAGUGAUUAAUCCAAAAGAUAACAACACUUUUGCAAGUGCUUCCCUCGACAACACCGUUAAGGUGUGGUCGCUCGGUUCCUCGACGGCCAAUUUUACUCUCGAAGGUCACGAGAAGGGAGUCAAUUGUGUUGACUAUCAUCCCUCUCCCGAUAAGCCCUACCUUGCCAGUGGUUCUGACGAUCAUACUGUCCGAAUUUGGGAUUAUCAAACCAAGCUCUGUGUCCAAAUUCUUGAAGGGCAUGCUCAGAAUGUUACAGCUCUUGCUUUCCAUACAGAGUUGCCGGUUAUCCUCACAGGUUCAGAAGACGAUACAGUACGACUUUGGCACUCAACCACCUAUCGUCUUGAAUCAACUCUUAAUUACGGCCUGGGUCGUGUCUGGACGGUUGAAUGUCGGGCUAGCGGUAGUGGAGGUGGUCAACAAAGUGUUGUUGGUCUCGGGUAUGAUGAAGGUACGGUUAUUGUUGCCUUGGGUCGUGAACAUCCUGCUGUUUCUAUGGACGGAUCAGGAAAACUUGUCUGUGCUCGGCACAGCGAGAUGGUCAACGCUAAUCUCCGUUCUGUUAUCGCCUCAAUGACCGCAGGUACUGAGGCAACCGACACGGAAGUAAUUGAGGACGGUGCACGUUUACCCGUAGUGUACAAAGAAAUGGGUGCUUCAGAGAUCUUCCCUCACACUGUUACUCACAACGCCAAUGGUCGUUUUGUUGCCGUCUGUGGUGAUGGAGAGUAUGUUGUCUAUACCGCUAUGGCUCUUAGAAACCGCACCUUCGGUUCAGCCUUAGAGUUUGCCUGGUCUCAAUCGGAUCCCAAUGUCUAUGCUGUACUUGAGACCAACUCGACUUUCAAGAUAUUUAAAAACUUCAAAGAAGCAAAGAGCGUUAAACUUGACUUUGGUGCUGAUCACAUCUUUGGAGGCCAUCUGCUUGGUAUUCGAUCAGUCGCAGGAUUUACUUUCUACGAUUGGACAACUGGAACGCUGCUACGUCGGAUUGAUGUCAACCCAAUUUCCGUUCAUUGGUCAGAGGAUGGACAUCAGGUGGCUAUUUGCACGAAAGAUAGGUUCUAUAUCUUGAGAUACAGACCAGAAAUAAUUUCUGAAGCUAUUGCUCAAGGUGUAACUGACCCUGACGGAGUAGAAGCUGCUUUUGAGGUCAUCCCAGAUGGGGAAGUUAAAGAGACUGUUAAGACUGGAUGCUGGUUUGGAGAAGCUUUCUUGUUCACCAAUUCAACAAAUCGUUUGAUGUACUACGUUGGUGGGGAACUUGUAUCUGUCGCCCAUUUGGAUCAGCCAAUGUACCUGCUCGGUUAUUUGGCUUCCGAAAAUCGAAUCUUCCUUAUCAAUCGUGACCUUAAAGUUGUAAGCUAUACGCUCUCACUAUCCGUUCUUGAAUACGAGAGUGCUGUUUUAAGGGGUGAUUUUGAAUCCGCGGAUGCAAUUCUCCCCAACAUUCCUACUUCUGCAAGAACCAAGGUUGCUCACUUUUUGGAAAGACAAGGUUUCAAACAACAAGCUAUGCGAGUUACUGUUGACCCCGAGCAUAAAUUUGACCUUGCAAUUCAAUUGAAUGACGUUUCUGCAGCUUAUGAGUUGAUUAAAGAUGAAGAUGUUGAUGGCAAUGAGGCAAAAUGGAAGCAGUUGGCAGAUGUCGCUAUUAAGGAAUGCAACUUUGGAUUGGCGCAAGAUUGCUUCUCAAAGACCCAGGAUUAUGCAAGCUUCUUACUAGUUGCUAGCAGUUGUGGUGAUAGUGAAAUGAUCUCCAAGCUGGCUGCUGAAACGUCUAUGGCCAAAGUCGAUAACCUCGCCUUCCUUUCACUUUUCCUCCUUGGUGAUCUGAAAGGGUGUUACGAGCUUCUUGUGAAGAGUGAGCGCUUCCCCGAAGCUGCUUUCUUCGCUCGAACUUAUCUUCCAAGCAUGGUGCCAGAAGCUGUCGAAAAAUGGAGGACCUGGCUUCAAGCCUCUCAUCCGAAAGCUGCAGAAGCUCUAGCCAAUCCUUCUCAAUACUCUAACCUCUUUCCACACUAUGAGGAAUCACUAGCCGCUGAGAAAUUUAUUGCUGCCGAUCAUCGCAGACGUGAAGUUAUGCCUGCAGUAGUGUAUCCUGAACAGACACCUCUGUGGGAAAGAGAUAUUGCUGAGGAGAUGCUUAUGUCAAAAUCUCUCACUACUGAUCUGUUGGAUGUUGACGAGAACCUUUUAAAAUCGAAUAGCAAUGCAAUGGAGAGCCUCUUAGCUUCCAAGCCCCCACCGACAUCACCUAUCAUUAGUUCAAAGGUAAAUGUGAAGGCAUCCCAAGAAGAAGACCCCUUCAAAUUUACUGAACAGGCUCCAUCUGAAAAGGUGGAUGUUUUUGAAUCCUGUGAGCCCUCAGCUCCGCUCUCUCCUAAAGCUACCACGGAAAAUAAGCGAGAUCCCAUUGAAGAUUUCCUGAAAGCCUUCCAAGCUCGUGCUGAACAGAAUCAAAGUGUGGAUUUAUUUUUUCAAGGGGCAGAUGUAGAACCCGAAGAGUUUGAUGAGCCUUUCCACGAUAUUGGAUCUUAUGAUGAGGAGUCAAAAAAGGGAGUUGAUAUUUUUGCUGCUCCACAACCUCCGGAACCAGUUUCCCAUUCAGCGUUGGACGAUUUUGAUGCCGAACUAGAACAACAGUUAGCCGCAUUCAAUAUUGGCAGUGGCGUAUCACAUUCGUCGGAGCUAGUGGGAGGAUUCCAUCCUCAACCUCCUUUUUCCAGUGAAGCAUUGAAGAAAUCAUCCGGUAAUUCAGAUGAUGGCUGGGGAAAUGAUGACGAUGAGUUCAAUUAA